AUGUCUUUCACAGGGAAAGUAGCACUCAGAACCGGUGGCUCCAAAGGCAUUGGCCGCGCCAUUACUGAAAAACUCGUUUCCUAUGGCGCAAAAGUUGCAAUUAAUUACUCUCCUGAUACAGUUGCUGCCGACAACAUUGUCAAAAUCCUCGGCGAUGAGAAUGUGUUUGCAGUUAUGGCUGAUGCUGGUUCAACACGCGAAAUAGCUUCUAUAGUUGAGCAGACCAUAUGCAAAUUUGGCAAAUUUGAUAUCCUGAUACCAAGUGCCGCCAUCAACCCCCUUGCCAAUCUGGAGGAGUUAACCGAGGAUCUCUAUGAACGGAUGGAUGCGGUCAACGUCAAGGGGCCUCUAUUUCUAGCCAAGGCUACUGUCUCCCAUAUGCCAGCUGGCUCUCACAUAGUUUUUAUAAGCGCAUCUCUCUGCCAUUCCAACACAGUUCAGCCAAGACACUUGCCAUACUGUCUGAACAAGGGCACCAUUGAACAGAUCACACGUAUUUUAUCCAAGGACCUUGCGCCAAAGGGCAUCAUUGUCAAUGCAAUUGCUCCGGGUCCCGCAGACACGGAAAUGUUUCGGAGAGGAAAGCCAGAUUCUAUGGUUGAGGAGAUCAAGAAACAGUCCCCUUUUAAUAAGUUGGGAGAACCAGAGGAAAUAGCAGAUGCUGUGUUGUUCAUGGCUGCAACCACUUGGGUAGCAGGCCAGACGUUGAGAUGCAAUGGGAGCUUGAUUUGA